GGGAACAGGCUCCAAUGCAGUUCAUAUUGGCCGAGUCCUAAACCAUACCAUCGCGAGCACCGUCUCAAGUUGAUGAAGCUCUUGUUUAAACGCCAUUGCAGCUAUCUAGUCUCUAAUCUCAGAAACGCCAGGAAGCCAUCAAUCAAAGAGUCCGAAAUCCUCCAACACUGUAAGUCUGGUGCUCUUCUUGAGGCGCUUAAGCUUCUGAACACUAUUAAUUCUGGUGAUAUCAGUAUCAAACCAAUUCUAUACGCUUCCCUGCUUCAGACUUGUACCAAGGUCAUUUCUUUUGGGCAUGGCAUCCAAAUCCACGCCCAUGUUAUCAAGUCUGGUCUUGAAACGGACCGGUUUGUCGGCAACAGCUUGCUGGCUUUGUAUUUCAAAUUGGGUCCCGAUUUCUCGGAGACUCGGAGAGUGUUUGAUGGUCUUUUUGUGAAGGAUGUGGUGUCAUGGAGUUCAAUGAUUUCUGGAUACAUUCGAGUGGGGAAGCCCCGAAAUGCUUUGCAAUUGUUCUGGGAAAUGCUUGAAUUUGGCGUUGAACCUAAUGGGUUUCCUUUAUCGGCCGUGAUCAAGGCAUGCUCAGAGCUGGGAGAUUUAAAGCGAGGAAGAUGCUUCCAUGGGAUGGUCAUAAGGCGGGGGUUUGAUUCGAAUCAUGUUAUUUCUAGUGCUCUGAUUGAUAUGUAUGGAAGAAACCAUGGUGUGCAGGACGCACGCCGGUUGUUUGAUGAAUUGCCUGAACCAGACGCUAUAUGCUGGACAUCAGUUAUUUCCGCAUUAACAAGGAAUGAUUUGUUUGAGGAAGCUUUGGAGUUUUUUUAUGUUAUGCAUAGAAAUCAUGGGCUAUCCCCAGAUGGAUUUACAUUUGGGACAGUGUUGACAGCUUGUGCUAAUUUGGGGAGGUUGAGGCAGGGCAAAGAAGUUCAUGCUAAAGUUGUUACAUCAGGGCUAUGUGGAAAUGUGGUUGUUGAGAGUAGUCUUGUGGAUAUGUAUGGAAAAUGUGGCUCUAUUGGCGAAUCCAAGAGUGUUUUUGACAGAUUGAGCAAUAAGAAUGCAAUUUCUUGGUCUGCUAUGCUUGGUGUAUACUGUCAAAAUGGAGAAUGUGAAACUGUGAUCAAUCUUGUCAGGGAAAUGAAAGAAGUGGAUCUUUACAGUUUUGGGACUAUCAUUCGAGCAUGUUCAGCUCUGGCAGCUGUAAGACAGGGGAAAGAGGCUCAUUGCCAGUACGUGAGAAGGGGUGGUUGGAGAGAUGUUAUCGUAGAAUCAGCCUUAGUUGAUCUAUAUGCAAAAUGUGGCUGCAUUGAUUUUGCACAUAGAUUGUUCUUACUUAUGCCAGUUAGAAAUCUGAUAACUUGGAACUCGAUGAUUGGUGGGCUUGCUCAGAAUGGAAGAGGGAGAGAAGCGCUUGAGUUAUUUGAGAAGAUGAUCGGAGAGGGGAUGAAGCCUGACUAUAUAACUUUUAUUGCUGUCCUUUUUGCUUGUAGUCAUACAGGUUUGGUUGAUGAAGGUAGAAAGUAUUUUGCUUCAAUGACAAAGGACUAUGGGAUUAAACAAGGAGUUGAGCAUUACACGUGCAUGAUCGAUCUCUUAGGCCGUGCUGAGCUGAUAGAAGAGGCUGAAAACUUGUUAGAAAAUGCAGAUUGUAGAUAUGAUUCAUCACUUUGGGCAGUUCUUCUUGGAGCAUGCACCAAAUGUUCAGACCCUAUCACGGCAGAGCGAAUUGCGAAAAAGAUGAUUGAGCUGGUACCUGAUUACCAUCUAAGUUAUGUUCUUCUGGGUAAUAUUUAUAGAGCAGUAGGCCGAUGGAAUGAUGCUGUGGAGAUCAGGAAGUUAAUGGAAGAUAGAGGGGUUAAGAAGAUGCCUGGUAAGAGCUGGAUUGAAACUGAGUGUCGAUUGGGUUCUAGUCUGCGUUUGCGUAAUAUGAGCAAUGUUGGAAAAGCAGUGUUUCCAUAAAUGAAAUUGAAAGUGGUGGUUGGAUUGUUAAUGGAUGUUUUGGCCAUCUCAAAGGACAUUACUUAAGUAGCUGUGUGGUAUCAAGUUCAACUAGAAGAAUGACAAGUGAACAUUCGUACUUCACGGCAGCAAAUUAUUGACUCUAUAGAAAGCCUACUUUUAGAUGUAAUAAUUUUAAUUGAAAAUUUUGAUGGCAAACGCCUACUUUGUUUUUGUUUU